AUGGAAGGAGCUUUGGUAGCUGCCGCGGCUCGCCUCAUGUUCGAUAAGGUGACGGCUCUCCUCCAAGUCGACGAGAAACUCAAGACAAUAACUGGUACCAAAAGGAAGAUGGAGAAGCUCAAGGAGUUGUCCACGAUCAUUGACAUGGUGAUCCAAGACAUCGAGUACCGCCCUUUUAUCCAUGAUGCUGUGAAGGACUUGCUGAAGAAGCUCAAAUACUUGGCCUAUGACCUCGAGGAUGUUGUGGAUUACUAUGACACCAAAGUCUUGCAGAAGAAGCAGAGAUCAAAAACUUCUUUAAGGCCGGUGCGUGAUUUCUUCUCUUUUGAUAAUCAAGUUGUGUUUAAGAGUAGGGUAGGUGGCAUGAUAAAAGCUAUAACAGAAAGUCUGGAUUCUAUUUUGCUGCAAAAGUCCAUUCUUCUCAAUUUGCCCCAAAGCAGUAUCCGCAUGUCGGAACCAAGUCUCUGCAGGGAGACCCACUCCUGCAAUAGCUUUGUUGUUAUAGGGAGAGAACCAGAGAAGAAUAAGAUUGUCGACAUGUUAACCAAGGAUGAUGAUGAUGAAAGCAACCAUGGCAUAGUGAAGGUCAUUGCCAUCGUUGGGAUGGGUGGCCUAGGGAAGACUACACUUGCUCAGCUUGUUUACAAUGAUGCGAGGGUGCAAGACCAUUUCUCAAGUUUGACAAUGUGGAAAGUUGUUGGGGCCGAAUUUAAUCCCACAAAGAUAAUGAAGUCUGUUUUAGAACUAGCUACUGGUGCAUCAGUCAACAUCUCAGAAAUAGAUUUAGUGAAACAGAAGCUAGAAAAAGCAUUAUCUAGGAAGAAAUUUCUGCUCGUUCUUGAUGAUGUGUGGAACGAGGAUGAGUUACAGUGGGGUGUACUGAAAGCAGCCUUAACAUGUGGGGCGAGAGGAAGCAAAAUUUUGGUGACAACCCGUAGCCAACAAGUCUCUUUAAUUAUGGGCUCAUCCAAUACCACCCACCCAAUACAACAGUUGUCCAGAGAUGAUUGUCUGUCCUUGUUUCAACAAUUUGCAUUUGGAGAUCAAGCAGUCGAUCAAAACUUGAUGAAAAUUGGUGCAAAGAUUGUUGAGAAAUGUGGCGGUGUUCCCUUAGCUGCCAUAUCUCUUGGUAGCAUGCUUCGUAGCACUCGAGAGGAAACUUACUGGUCCUCGGUAUUGAAUAGUGAAAUAUGGAGGCUGGGAAAUCAGGAAGAUAAAGUGUUAGCUGUAUUAAAGUUGAGCUAUGACACUCUCCAUCCAUGGUCAAAGAAGUGUUUUUCAUUUGCUUCCCUAAUCCCAAAAAAUUAUAGGAUGGCAAAGGAUUUACUGAUAAAACUGUGGAUAGCAAAUGGUUUUGUGCGUUCAGAAGGAAAUUUUGAUGCUGAAACAAAUGGCAACCAUGUCUUUAAUGAUCUAGUAAUGCGGUCAUUCUUAAUUCUCUUUACACCUUACUAUGAUUAUUAUUCUGAUAGUCAUGUAACCGAGUGCACAAUGCAUGAUUUGAUGCAUGAUCUAGCACGAUCAGUAUCUGCAGAUGUAUAUUGGAAUUCUGAUGAAGACUCAGUGGAAGAUAUUGGAAAACGAAUAUAUCAUUUGCAAAUAUAUGAAAGAAAGUUUCCAAACAUGACUCGAGUGGUCUUAGACAAGAAACCAUUGCACUUGCGCACCUUUAUGUACUUUACGCCCCCCCCUAUAUAUAUUACGUUCGAGAAGGAUCAAUCAGCUUGA